AUGGCGACACCGACGACGCAGCAACUCCUUGAGGAGUAUACCGGCAAGGUAGUGCCGUACACGUUCAAUGGAGGGUUCGUGUGCCUCAGCUACGCUAUCAGCUUGGUCGGAACCGGCACGGCACUCGAGUUGAUUAGACGAAGAACUUCACAUAGGGGAAAGCACAACUUCUUCUUGCUAGUCGGCGCUGCCAUUGCAAUGGGUGGCAUUGCCAUCUGGUCCAUGCACUUCAUUGGCAACCGGGCCAUCUACAUGCUCAACGGCGAAGCAGCCUUCCAAAUCGCCUACUCGACCGCCCUCACCGUCGCCUCGCUCCUGGUGCCCAUCCUCGUGCUCGUGCUCGCCUUCGUCGGUGUCAACGGCAACGGUCGAAUCCGAUGGUGGCGAAUUGCCCUCGCGGGAUUGCUCUCUGGCGGCGCCAUCUGUGGCAUGCACUAUCUCGCCGACGCAUCCAUCAGCAACUAUCGGGGCUCGUAUCGCCUCUCCUACCUCAUCGGCUCCAUCAUCAUCGCCGUGCUCGCCAGUACCACGGCCCUCACUCUCUUCUUUGUCUUUGAGAAUACCUGGAGCAGCGCUUGGUGGAAGAGACUGGGCUGUGCCAUGGUCCUGGCCGGGGCCGUGUCUGGCAUGCACUGGUGCGCAGCUGUUGGAACGAGUUACACCCUCCUACACGACAAGCCUGGCAAGGGGGUCUCACGCAAGGAUGCAAUGGUUGUCGUUAUUUGCCUGUCUAUCGCUGCGGGCAUUGUCAUGACCGGCAUGGCCAUCUAUUCGACCUGGGUAAGACGAGACUAUGCCAGCAAAUCGCAACAGGUCGUCCUCGCCGCCGGUGUCUUUGACGAUAAAGGCCGCAUCAUGGUCUCUCAAGACGGGUAUUUGCCCAGCGAAGUCGUGACAGACACAUACUUUACAAAGUCCAACGACGACGUCUUCAACACCAGCCACCCCCUCUUUCACUGGAUGUUCCGUGCUUCUCGCAACUGGGACACCAUAACAAAAGUCAUGACCAAGAUGACCAACCACAUUUCGCUCCUCGCGCAGGAGCGCAACAUCGGCAGGGCAGGCGUUCGACUCAUCAGCGACGAUGGCGAGCUUGUGGACGAGUACGAUACCAUUCUACGCGAGUUGUUCUGCGUCACUGCGGAUGCCCUAGCUUCCAAAACUAAGGAGGCUCUUGCUGGCGUUGGAAUAUUAUGGGAUGAAAUCUUUGUCACAGGAGAGUCAUCAAGGGUUCAACGACUAUUUAACAGUGACGAGCCCGGCUUGCAAAAUCUCGCGGAAAAAGGCGUUCAACAGAAUGGCCAAGAGUACGGCCGCGGUUCUCUCAUGUUCCUCGUUCGUAGGGUUGAUAGCAGAAAGGAGGUGGUGAGGCUUGAGGCUUCCGGGUUUCGCUUUGUAGAGGUUCACCAGGUCGCUCCCUUUAUUCGAUCAACCAUGCGCAUCAAGACGCCCGACCUGGAGGCUCGUCUACACAACAUGGCCAACCAGAGGGACAAGACCCCCAUGCUAUCUCCCGGCUUCCAUGUGGGCAUGUUUGCCGUCCGCGCCCGACUUGACAGGGGUGGCUUCGACGUGCUCGCGCAAAAGACAGCCCGGAAUCUGCUUCCCUCUGUCCCACUGCCCGUGGGCUCUCUCGAUGCCAGCAAUGCUAGCUUUCUCAACGGCCUUCGUGGCUUGCCGCUCUCGACUAUUCUGCUCAAACUUCAGGCCGACCAGUCUGCUUCUCCUAAAGACCGCAUGUUUGCUUCGAUUUUUCGAGACGCCGUUUCAUCGCUUCGGAACUCUCUAGGCGACGAAACCUUUGACAGCGCUACACUUUUGCCCAAGGUAGUGCAGCUCCCAUGCGCUACCUCUACUGCACAGGGCAAACCUUUGUCUAAAUGCAUCUUCAUUGCUUUUCAACUCGUCCUCCCCAUCCAUGCCACUGUGCUAUCGCCUGAUUGCGAAUUCACGCCUCUCAACUUCUUCAAAAUGCGCCAACUUACCUACGAAGGCUCAUCUCAUAACAUCGAGUUCUCCCACAUGGUCCACCGCGACAUGUCCUCAACAGUACAUGAGCUGUCUUCACCUCCACGGCGGUUCAGCGUCGCGGCACAAGCGCAUAACAAGUUGUUUUCCCGAGCUGUAGGUAAAGUCAGGGAUAACCUGCCGGGCCACAAGAGACAUGCGACGGCCCUUGUAUUGACGCCUACAAGGAGCCAGGAGCAGCUGUCAAAGUCAGUAUCGCAUCCUAGCUCGAUAUACAAUGGCGACAACGGCAGCUUCGAUUACGCCCGCAAACUCUCAUCAGCAAGCCAGUCCCACUCUGGGAAGGACUCGCAUAAGGAUCAGGGCCAGAAAUUUCACGUCUUUGGCGGUAUCAUGGUGUCACAGGAAGUGUCUAUCAAUGUGCAAGAUAACCAAGAAGACUCAAAUGCCCCAGAGCAACAGGGUUCAGAGCUCAAGCCCAUUAGGCCCCGAGCCGACGCCCAAGGCAAGAUGGAAAGUUUCUACACUGCUACUGUGACGGGUGAGAGCGGCUUCGCUGGCCAGGGGAAGCAGGAUGAAUCUGCAUUUGUAGACGAGCUCCUCGGCCUGAGUGUGCAAGCAGACAAGCGGGCGACAGCGUAA